GUCAUACAGUUGCUGAUUCAGGCAAUGAGCCAACGCAUUUAUUGUUUAUUCUAUUCUAUUUCUUGUUUAUGGCUCUCCCUCAGCGGAUUGGGCUAGUGUCGAAAUUUAUUGUUUAUUAAGUAUUCGUUUUUUAAAUACUUGUGAUUGGUAGUGUAUUAAUUUGUUGUUCAAAAUAAUAUUCUGUAAACAUAGGAAUGUUGCCAAGUUCCUUAAGCGUUGUUGUUGUAUAAAGCCAGUAAUAUAAGUGACGAUAGUAUUCUUGUUUUUUAAAUCUUAUAAAUGUCCAAGAGAUGACGGAGGUAAACGGUGAAACGUCAAAGAAUGGUUCAAAGAGUGAGCUGUCAAAGUUGAGCAAAAGCCGAGAGGCUGAUUGGCCCGCAGUACUGUUCUUCAUACAUAUACACCUUCUAUCUAUAUACGGAAUCUGGCUACUAUUUUUUGAAGUCAAAUGGAUGACUGUGUUAUUAUUGGUAACACUGACCUCGCUCGCAACGCUUGCAGUGAACACAGGCGCACACCGGCUGUGGGCACACCGCACCUACACUGCCACUAAAGAAUUAAGAUUUGUCCUCAUGCUUCUACACACGUUAGUUGGACAGGGAUCAAUAUACAGCUGGGUGCAGUACCACAGACUGCAUCACGCUCUCUUCGGGACAGAUGUAGACCCAUACGAUCACAAAAAGGGAUUCCUUUAUGCUCACAUGCUGACACGCUUAAAGAAACUUAGCCCUUAUCAAGAAAAACUUAAAGAACAGAUUGAUAUGUCCGACAUAGAAAAUGAUUCUAUAGUGAUGUUUCAAAAGAAUUUCUACUGGUUGCUGUACGCAGUUUUAUUCCUGCUACUGCCUCUGAACGCACCGCUAGAGUAUUGGGACGAUUCUGUUAUGAGCGCGGUAUUCGUGAUUGGAUUUCUGCGUUAUGCAUUAGUAUUGCACGCGUCUUGGCUCAUCGAAAGCGGAUUCUGCAUCUGGGGUCUCGAACAAAACGAUAAGUACCCAUCAGACUCAAACUCGGUAUUCUUCCUCAAUAGAUCUUUUUGGCCACAUUACCAUUAUCUUAUUCCUCGUGAUUAUAAAUCUGGAGAAUAUGGUUCAUAUGAUGCAGGUUGUUCGACUGCAUUUAUUCGAGUAUGGGCCGCACUUCGUCUAGCCAAGGACUUACGCACAAUGGAGUCAACAACAGUACAUGCGGCGCUGGCCGAGACUAUCAAAACUAAGAAACCAUUAAAACUCUGCCUUCAAGAGGCGACAAAGCAACAACGCUUACCUGAAGAUCACUAUUUAAGACAAGAUUUUGCAAAUUAAAUAAUAAAAUUAAUAAUUUAUUAAU